AUGAAGUCUACGAAGAAUUUCUCCUUGCCCUCUCCUAUUCCUGCCGGAGGUUGUGAAAGACGACUUGAUGCAAUAUUUGAAUUAUAUCGAAAUGUAAGUCGUUUUUACUUUAUGAGUCUUAAUAAAUCUUAUCGUCUUUCAGCGCACGUCUUCGCAAAAUUUGUCAUCUCUUCCCUCAAUAUCUACACGGGAAACUACCAGAUGCAAAUAUUCAUUCUGGUGAAGAUUGAAUAUAAGAAAGUCGACGGUGGAUGCUCCAUUGAAGCGAAGUUCCAGCAAGGAGACACUGGAUUUGUUGGAGCAGAAGAACGGACAGAGUUUUGGGAUACGAUUGUGACGGCGAUUACCAUUUUCUGA